AUGAAGCUCGUGAGAUUUUUGAGUCAUAACACUAUAACCAUCAAUUUAAAGAAUGGAACUCAGGUUAAUGGAACAAUCACAGACAGCUUACCUUUGGAUACACUACUUGUGGUAGUUGAACCCAAAGUGAAAUCUAAGAAAAGGGAAGCUGUUGCAGGAAGGGGUCGAGAAAGAGGAAGAGGGCAUGGCUGGGUCAGAGGAAAAGGGGGUCCUAGGUGA